CAACGGUUCUAGAUUUUCAACGCUGAUAUCGUUUAAGAAAGGGCCGAGCCUGGUUCCGUCACUACACCGCCCCUCACUGCGCCAAGCAUCGAUACAGACGCCCAUACUGCCCUGCUCCACUCAUCCACUGCACGAACAGAACACCGAAAUGGCUGGGAUGAACGCAGCGGAGUCGUCGGUCGCCGUCGUGGCGGUGCCGUUCCCGGCGCAGGGCCACCUGAACCAGCUGCUGCACCUGUCGCUGCAGCUCGCGUCCCGCGGCGGGCUGGACGUGCACUACGCCGCGCCCACGCCGCACGUCCGCCAGGCCCGCGCGCGUGUGCACGGCUGGGGCGAGGACGCGCUCCUCUCCAUCCGGUUCCACGACCUCGGCAUCUCCUCCUACGUCUCGCCGCCUCCGGACCCCACCGCGGGCUCGCCGUUCCCCUCCCACCUCAUGCCGCUCUUCGAGGCCUUCACCGCGGACGCGCGCGCCCCGCUGGCCGCCGUGCUCCGCGAGCUCUCGGCCUCCCGCCGCCGCGUCGUCGUCGUGCACGACCUCAUGAACACCUUCGCGGCCGAGGAGGCCGCGGGGCUCCCCAACGGGGAGGCCGUCGGGCUGCACUGCACCGCCGUGUCGUCCAUCGUGGGGCGGAUCGACGCCGGGCACCGGCUCCUGCGCGACAACGGCCUGAACUACCACCCAUUCGACGCCUGCGUGCCGGGGGAGGUCAUGGAGUACAUCAUGAAACGCGCGCGCGUGGCGGAGUCGAUGGCGUCCUGCGUCGGCAUCGUCUGCAACACGUGCCGCGCGCUCGAGGGCGAGUUCAUCGACGCCGCCGCCGAGAGUCUGGCGGCCGGCGGCAAGAAGAUCUUCGCCGUCGGGCCGUUGAACCCUCUGCUCGACGCGCACGCGACAGCGGGGGAGAAGCAGGGGAAGGAGCAGCGGCAGCGGCACGAGUGCCUGGACUGGCUCGACAAGCAGCCUGCGGCGUCGGUGCUCUACGUGUCGUUCGGCUCCACGUCGUCGCUCCGCGAGGAGCAGGUCGCGGAGCUCGCGGCGGCGCUGCACGGCAGCAAGCAGCGGUUCAUCUGGGUGCUGCGUGACGCCGACCGCGGCAACAUUUACACGGACGACCGCGACGACCGGCACGCCAAGCUGCUGUCCGAGUUCACCAGGCGAACCGAAGGCACGGGUCUGGUGAUCACCGGGUGGGCGCCGCAGCUGGAGAUCCUGGCGCACGGCGCCACGGCGGCGUUCAUGAGCCACUGCGGCUGGAACUCCACCAUGGAGAGCAUGAGCCAUGGGAAGCCGAUCCUGGCGUGGCCCAUGCACUCUGACCAGCCGUGGGACGCGGAGCUGGUGUGCGGGUACCUCAAGGCCGGCCUGCUAGUGAGGCCGUGGGAGAAACACAACGAGGUGAUACCGGUGGCCGCCAUACAAGAGGUGAUUGAAACUAUGAUGGUCGCCGAGGAAGGGCUCGCGGUGAGGCAGCGCGCAAAGGCGCUCGGGGAGGCCGUCCGGUCUGAAGGCGGGUCGUCACGCAAGGAACUGGAGGAUUUCAUUGCAUACAUGACAAGGUGAUUCAAGAAGUCAGCUGCACUGAGAUUUCACAGCGGGGAGUUCCAGGUAGGGUCGCAUAGGAUUUUCUUGCUUGAAGAACGCUUGCAAAACAAAUGAAUCUUCUUAAAUCUGAACUUAAGACAGGCGUAUCUUAAUUAAACUUUUGGCUGGUUGGGUUGAGUUUGCGUUGUACUACAAGCUUGUUCAUGGAAUUGUAGGCAGUUGUCUUUUAA